CUGGGGCUGGGAAGCAGGCCAGGCCUAGCAGAGACUGGCCAGGGACUGGCAGGCAGGAGCUGGGUGGUGCCAGGGAGAACCUACACAGUGCCAGGUGGUGCCUUGGGCUCCUGGCUGAGCUGGUGAUUCUGAUAACCUUCUGCCUGUGAACACGCCUGCCCCUCACCCAUCCUGUGUCCAGGCAUUGGUAUCGGGGAGGGGGCACAGGGCCAGUCAGACCUGCGGGACUUUGGCUCCAUCUCUACAGAAGGGCACUCUGUGAGUCAGCCUGCUCCCCUCAAGGCUUGCUCCUCCCCCACAAGCUCCUAUUUCCGAUGCACGUACAGCCCGUACACACCAUGUCCCGGGACACCCCAGUCAGCCGCAUGGCUUCCCUGGGUCCCAGCCCCUGGGCCCCUUGGUCGAGCCCAGCCCCUACUGUGCAGCUGUUGCUGUUCCUGCUGUUCCUAGUGUCCACUCAUCCCCAGGUCCUGUCUGGGAUGCAGGGGGAGGCCUCCCCGGGAGAAAGUUCAUCUGGGGAGGAUGAUCUGGGCGUGGAGGAUCUGCCCAGUGAAGAGGAUGCACGUGGAGAGGCAGAUACACCUGAAGUUAACUCUAAAGCCAGAAAGGAGGAUUCCCUCAAGUUAGAGGACUUACCCACUGUGGAGGCUCCUGAGGACAGUCAAGGUCACCACAGAGAUGAAAAAGGGGGUGGCCACAGUCUUUGGAGCUAUGGAGGCACCCGACUCUGGCCCCAGGUUUCCCCAGCCUGUGCUGGCCGCUUUCAGUCCCCUGUAGAUAUCCGCCCGGAGCUCACCUCAUUCUGCCACACUCUGCAGCCCCUGGAACUUGUAGGCUACGAGCUCCAGCCUCAUCCAGAACUGAGCCUGUGCAACAAUGGCCACACGGUACAGCUGACUCUGCCACCGGGUCUGAAGAUGGCUCUGGGACCAGGGCAGGAAUACCGGGCCCUGCAGCUGCAUCUCCACUGGGGAACUUCAGAUCACCCAGGCUCAGAGCAUACUGUCAAUGGCCACCGGUUCCCUGCUGAGAUCCAUGUGGUUCACCUCAGUACUGCUUUCUCAGAACUCCAUGAAGCCUUGGGUCGCCCAGGAGGCCUGGCAGUUUUGGCUGCCUUUCUGCAGGAGAGCCCAGAAGAAAACAGUGCCUAUGAGCAAUUGCUGUCACAUUUGGAUGAAAUCGCCGAGGAAGGCUCAAAGAUAGAGAUCCCAGGCCUGGAUGUAUCCGCACUGCUGCCCUCGGACCUCAGCCGUUACUACCGAUAUGAAGGGUCUCUGACCACACCUCCCUGCAGCCAGGGGGUCAUCUGGACUGUGUUCAACCAGACAGUGAAGCUGAGCGCUAAGCAGCUCCAUACUCUCUCUGUUUCUCUGUGGGGAUCUCGUGAUUCCCGGCUACAACUGAAUUUCCGAGCCACACAACCUUUGAAUGGGCGCAUGAUUGAGGCUUCUUUCCCUGCUGGAGUGGACAGCAGCCCCGAGCCAGCCCACGUGAAUUCCUGUCUCGGUGCUGGUGACAUCCUAGCCUUGGUGUUUGGCCUGCUCUUUGCUGCCACCAGCGCUGCAUUCCUCAUACAGAUGAGGAGGCUGCACAGACACGGAGGUGGGACCAAAGAUAGAGUUGGCUACAGCCCGGCAGAAAUGGCAGAAACUGGAGCCUAAUGAGGAGAAGCCAGCUAAAGGAAUCGGAAACCUUGUCCU